GCAGCAGUCUAAUGCAUGGCAUGGCUCCUUUCUCCCCUCAGUGCUAAAAUAAAAAACAUCAUUUCCACGGAGGAUGCCAAGGCCCGUCUGCUGGCAGAGCAGCAGAACAAGAAGAAAGACAGCGAGACAUCCUUUGUGCCCACCAACAUGGCGGUGAAUUACGUGCAGCACAACCGAUUUUAUCACGAGGAGCUCAACGCCCCCAUUCGGAGGAACAAAGAAGAGCCCAAAGCCCGUCCCUUGCGAGUGGGCGACACCGAGAAGCCAGAGCCUGACCGUGAGUACAGCAAUGGCCUCAGGGCGGCCUGGAGUGAUCACAGCACUCAGGGCCCAUGGAGGCAGGUGGGAGCUCGGGUGCGGGGCCAGGGCAGCUGAGUUUAGUCCAUGUUC